CAACGGCCCAUCUCCUCUGUCCUUGGAACGCCUCCGCUGUCGCCAUGGCCAAAUCCCCAUUCCCCUUCGUCCUCAUCCUGCUCCUCCUAUCCCUCGCCGUCGCCGUCUCCGCCCACGGUGGCAGUGGCGGCGGCGACGACGAUGCGGACGCCGACUCCGAUGGCAACAAGCCGGAUCUCCGAUCUAAGUCGCUGAUCCUCACCAAGGUCUGGUGCCUCAUCGUGAUCUUCUUUGCGACCUUCCUCCCCGGCGUAUCCCCCUACUUCUUGAAGUGGAACGAGGCGUUCCUCGCCCUCGGCACCCAGUUCGCCGGCGGCGUCUUCCUGGGGACGGCCAUGAUGCACUUCCUCAGCGACUCUGACGAGACCUUCGAGGAUCUCACCGACAAGGACUACCCCUUCGCCUUCAUGCUGGCUUGCGCUGGCUUCGCCAUCACCUUGCUCGCCGACUGCAUCAUAUCAGUCGUGGUGGCAAGGGGGCGGAGCGUCCGAGACGUGGAAAACGGGCAAGAAAGUUCGCAUCAGAGUAAACAGGUCACGACAGGCGGAGUCUCCCAAUCCCAACAAGAGGUCGGACAGUGCACCGGUGAUCAUUCUGUGGCAUCUCUACUUCGUGAUGCUAAUUCACUUGGAGAUAGCAUAUUGUUGAUUUUUGCCUUGUGCUUCCACUCGGUUUUCGAAGGAAUAGCGAUUGGCGUCGCAGAUACCAAAGCUGAUGCAUGGAAAGCUUUGUGGACUAUCAGCCUGCACAAGGUGUUUGCAGCCAUCGCCAUGGGCAUAGCUCUUCUGAGGAUGAUGCCAAACCGUCCGCUUCUCUCCUGCGCCGCCUACUCGUUCGCUUUUGCAAUCUCCAGCCCCAUCGGGGUGGCGAUUGGCAUCAUAAUAGAUGCAACCACGCAAGGCCGCGUGGCAGACUGGAUUUACGCCAUCUCCAUGGGACUCGCAACUGGGGUCUUCAUAUACGUAUCCAUAAACCACCUGCUCGCUAAAGGCUAUAAGCCACAGAAACCGGUUGCUGCAGACACGCCUUUUAUAAGAUGGUUUGCUGUAGUGUUAGGAAUUGGGGUGAUAGCUGUUGUGAUGAUAUGGGAUACAUGAGGCGCUACGAUAGGAAGAAAAGUAGGAGGAGGAUGUCUACUCUCUCUCUCUCUCUCUCUAUCUUAUCAGUGGUAGGAGAAAGACGGAUUCAUUACAGUUGCAGAACAGACGAUGGACGGACACUAGGAUGAAACGUGGAUCUCAAGGCUGCAGCCAGUGUGAAAAUUGAAGUGUCAUUUGUAACUUGGUAGCUAUUACUGUCAAGAUCUGGAUUAGAACGCCUUGUGCUCAACCGAGUCUUGUCGUAGUCUUCUUAUAUUAUGUGGACUUGAACUAGUUUUGUCUGUUUAUCUCUGAA